GCCAAACAGUUACUCUUUGAAUCAAGUUUAAAUAGUUAGAAGCAUAAAAAAAACCAGUUUUACUGUGAUCAAAAAGUUAUGACUAGACAAAAGACCAGAUGCAGAGGUAAGGUAUUUAAUUUUAUUAAUUGAAAUUAGAAAGCAAAACUGAACGAUUAUAAAGAUUUAACACUCUGAUUUCUAGUGUUUAUUUCUGUUAAUUUAUGGCUAAAAUAUCGUGUCUCAAAUUAGAAUAUUAUAUAAACUAAACUGAAACGUUACGACUAUCGUAAUUAUGCAGUCCAGAUGUGUGAGUCGUCCACCGGACCACAAUCAACCUCUCUACAUAAAGGGUAAGUCACAAAAGGUCAUUGCUGGGUGUACAGAGUGAAAGUUGAGUGGAAGGAAAAGCUGAGGUAGAUACAGUAUAUAGAAAAAUCCAAAAUAACCUGACAAACUUCCCCCUUUGUCCAAAGUCCUCUUUUCAAAUGAAAGCAAACUUUACUUCUCAUUUGGAAACUAAGAUCCUAAAGUGCGGGGGAAGAGUGGAGAGGUUAUGGAAUCCCACGUUGCUUGAAGUCCAAUGUGAAGUUUCCGCUUCAGGUGACGAGUUCAGGAGUCGCCGGGUCAUCUGGGUCCAAAGUCAGAGCAGCUGUCUACCAGAAAACCUCGAGCACUUCAUGUUUCCCUGUGAUGAAGAGCUUUAUAUAUAUAUAUAUGCCGAUUUCAUUUCCCAGCAGCACUUGGCACCGACCCACUUCCAAAAGAACAGCUAGCUGCUUGGACGACCGUAGAGUCACUGUUCUGGUCUGGUCAGCAAACCGCUCUGACCCAAACAACCCAGUGGAGAAUCUAUGAGACACCAGACCUCCACUGAAACAACAUGAGCUUUCUGAACUGAAUACUGAUUAAUCCUUUGUUUUCAAUAAAAAUGAAAAACAUUUGAGAGCACAAAUCAUGUGGCUUAAGGGGUCAACUGGUCCUGUUAAGCUGGGUUAGGAUUAUUUAUAGCAAAUUAGACAAAAUAGCUUGAAAAAUGGAACAUGCAGCUGGAAAAAAACUUAAGUGCUGACGGGUCAGCUUUGCUUUGGGGAAAGUUUCAAAGAUACGAAACAGCAAUCAGUGAUUCUGAGAAAAGAAAAGAAGACACGUUACAUUUUUGGUUCUGCAUCGAAUGAUUUAAAUAAUAAUAAUAAUAAUCAAUAAUCCAGUUUCAAACAUAGCAUCUGCUUCAACAAACUGAAAGAGCACACAAAAUGAGCACGAUGAACAACCAUUAAACUAAGCAAACAAUUUCCACAAGGAUUGGGAACAUUUUGGAUUAAACGAGUAAGCAAAAAAGAAAAACUACAAAUUUUGCACUGCUGCUAACUAGAAAAGCACAUGUCAAUAAUAUAAACUGUCAGAAGAUUAAAACAACGACAUCUUUUAUUUAUUUUCUUUGGGGAUGUGUAGGGUAGUACCUUCACUGCACACCAGGUGGUGCAAUAAACUCACCGCGGGAGCAGAAUGAGGUUUGGUGACAGCAGAUCAGGCGAGUCAAAAGUCUGAGCAAAACCUCUUGUUGGUCCUAUUUACUGUAUGUCUACAUCCAACCCAAACAAACCAGCUGAAGGUAGAAGGAGUCCUAAAACAGGGUUUCAUUUCGGGGCCAACGUGCAGCCUGGAAAGUCAACUUGGAGAGUCUUAUGCUAAGUUUAACAUUUACUGCACAAUGACAUAAAAAAUGCCAUUACUCAUCGAUCGAGUCGCGAUGUGCAUGAAAUGCGCCCCAGGCUCAAACAGAAGUCACGGAAACCAUUUAAUAAACAUUAAAACAUGCCUAUGUUAAGAUUACUUUUAGACUAUUAAGGUUUUCUACAACUGAUGUCCAACUUCUCUGCUGAAUAUGCGUUAAGCAUUUCUUUUUAACAUACAGUGCAUAAACACGCAGUUUUGAUUAGCUCGUGGGAGAAAAAGACGGGAUUAAAUUCAAUUUAAUUAAACGGAACAAAACCAGAAUUUAAUCUGAAUCAGUGCCGUCUUUCAUUAUAAAGAAAACCCUAGCUGUUUUUUAUUAUUGAUAUAUUUUUAUUUAUUGUAUUUAAUACUUUCCUGUUGUGUAAAUAAACCUGGAAUACAUUCGGAAUAAAUAACUUCUGAAAGGAAUUUUUCAGACAGUACUAGAACCUUCAUGUUAUUUCUGGGGGCCUCAGCUCAGUCCACCCCCAACCUUAUCAUGUGGCCCUUAUCUGUGGCCCUUCCGCCCGCUCCUCAUUAACAUAAUGAUCCAGCCGCACAGCGGGAGGCUCCCAAAAGCUCAGGUGAAGAACCGCAGAGCUCCACUUCAGUCCCCUGGACCAGACAUGGCUGCUCUGCUGGUGUUAGCUGCGUGGCUACUCGGCCUGCAGGCUUUCUCGGACGCGGAGGACAGAAACACCCGAGAGCGGCUUUUCCUCGGGUCCCUCGGUCUUUCUGAGCGGCCGCAGCCCGGAGGAAGCCGCCACACCCGACGCCCCGUCCCCUCCGAGCUGUGGAGGAUGUUCCGGAGGUCGGAGAGCAUUCAGGCCCGCGACAGCGACCCCUGCACGGUGUCCGAGUACGGAGUGCGCGGCAACAUCAUCCGCUACGUGCAGGACCAAGGCAGGCUGGUGUCGGGUUGGAGCAGCAGCUGUCAGGCCUGUCUGGUGAAGCAGCUUUUCUUCAAUGUGUCUGUCCUGCAGCCUGUGGAGCUGCUGUCUCUGGCUCAGCUGGAGAUCAGGCUCCAUUGGAAGCCUCUGAGGCCCGCCGGGCUCCUGCGGGGGCCCCGAGCCGUCAGCAUGUCGCUUUCCAAAGUGAUCCGAGCCACGCUGCGGGGAGCCGAUCCCCGGGCCAGUCGCAGGCUCCUGCUGUCGCAGUCGCUUCGGCCGCAGCUGGAGCCCGCCGCCGUCGCCAUGGACCUGACGCCGUUGGCGGAGAGCUGGCGCAAACCGGGCCACAACUACGGCCUGGUUGUGGAGCUGAGUCCGCUGCCCGGUGCGGAUCCGGAGGAGCUCACGCCUUUUCUGCCGGGCAACGCCUUCCCUUUGGAGGAAGACUGGACUCUCCCUCUGAUGGAGGCCUCUCUGGUGGUCGUGUCCCUGAACCCGCACCAGUGUCGCUCCCGGCAAAGGAGGAGCGCCAUUCACCUCCCCGUGACGCCCAGUAACAUCUGCAAGGCCCGUCGCCUCUACAUUGACUUCAAAGACGUGGGCUGGCAGGACUGGAUCAUCGCCCCGCCGGGCUACAUGGCCAACUACUGCCACGGCGAGUGUCCGUUCCCGCUGAGCGAGAGCCUGAACGGUACCAACCACGCCAUCCUGCAGACGCUGGUCCACUCCCUGGACCCCCAGGGCACGCCCCAGCCCUGCUGCGUCCCCAUCCGCCUCUCCCCGAUCUCCAUGCUCUACUACGACAACAACGAUAACGUGGUGCUCCGACACUACCAGGACAUGGUGGUGGACGAGUGUGGCUGUCGAUGAGACUGGUUACCAACAGCAACCGGUCCGCUUUUAAGUUCGGUUUCUUAAGUUUUUUUGCUUUUUUGAGUGAAUGAGAUUCCCUUAUUCUCACCACUGUUAGCUUAGCUGUGAAUAGAGCUUUCCAGGGCUUUUUUUUUUUUUAAGUAUAGGAGUUGGUGAUUGUAAAUAGAGUAAUAUUUGUCCACAAAGAUGACAUUUUUAAUAAAGGCUAAUGUUAAAAAUUGGUCAAGUAUCUGUUUGGUUUGUAAUUAAUUAGA